CUCCUUAGCAUUUCAAAGUCCCAGCUGUAAAAGUCAACUUUCAAAUUCUCCACAAUAGACUGAAAACUUAAGUGUAUAAUUUUUCAGUUCUGUUUCUUUUUCAAGAAUAAAUAAUGGAGUAAUUUUCAAAGACACAAUUUUUUGUUGAAGAAGGGUGAAAAAUGGGGUGGUCUCCAUUUUUAGGGAUUCCACUUAUAGUGGCUCUUCUCUCUUUUCUCUUUUACAAAAGUUUCCCUAUCAAAUCACUCAACUCUGCUCCACAAAAUUUUCCUACACUUUUCACUGUUGAAGAACUUGCUCUUUAUAAUGGGUCUGAUCCAAAAUUGCCCAUUUUUCUUGGAAUUAUUGGGUCUGUAUUUGAUGUGAGCAAAGGGAAGAGUCACUAUGGAGUUGGAGGUGGUUACAACCAUUUCGCUGGAAGAGAUGCUUCGCGUGCAUUUGUUUCAGGAAACUUUACAGGAGAUGGACUCACUGACUCACUGCGUGAUUUAUCCAGCGCCGAGGUUAAAAGUAUUGUUGACUGGAGAGACUUCUACUUCCGAACAUACACAUAUGUUGGUAAGCUAGUUGGUCGGUAUUAUGAUAGUGAAGGCAAUCCCACGAAGUACUUAAAAGGGGUUGAAGCAAAGGCCGUCAGAGGUGCUCAGCUGAUGGAAAAACAAAAGAAUGAAGAGGCUAAACUACCUAGCUGUAAUUCAAGGUGGAGUCAACAAGAGGGUUCAGAGGUUUGGUGUGACGAUGGAUAUCCGAGAUUAGUUCAACGACCUACAGAGAUAGCGUUGACAGGAAAGAUGAGCAAACGAUGUGCUUGCUUUAAAGAGGAAGAUCUUGACCAGCCAGGUCUGGAAGUCUACAAAGGAUGUGAUUUUUCUGCCAAAACAUGCCGGUUAUAAAUAUUGCAUUGUGAAACUUCGUAGGAUAUUGAUAUUUCCUUAUAAAAAGAAUCAUAGAAUAUUUGACAUCAAUUCCACAUACAACAUUCUGCACAAUUUUCCAUUUGCUUAAAAGAGUCCAGAGUCUUGUGCCAAAAUUAAGAUUUUUAAUCAGUUAAUCUGGGCUAUUGAAUUGAGGAAUGUGGAUGGCGUUGAGAUAUAAUUUGCCAAACAAAUCAUGCCAGAUUAAUUGUGAACUCUUAUCUUUAUGGAAAUUCAUAGGUAACUUAAUGAUAUAAUUGUACUGAUACAAUAUUUGC